AUGUCAGGAGUUGACGAACUAAAAGCCCAAGGUAACAAAUUCUUCAAUGAACACAACUACCCAAAGGCUAUUGAGUGCUAUACAGAUGCUAUUGAUUUAGAUCCAACUAAUUAUGCACUUUAUUCAAACAGAUCUGGUGCAUACUGUGCAUCUCAGAAGUAUCAGCAAGCAGCAGCUGAUGCUAGAAAGGUUAUUGAAAUCAAGCCAGACUGGCCACGUGGCCACUCUCGUCUCGGUGCUGCACUUCAAGGUUUACAUGACUAUGAAGGUGCUGCUGCUUCAUACAGAAAGGUUCUUGAGCUUGAUCCAAACAAUGCAGGCGCAAAGGAAGACCUUGCAGCAUGCGAAAACGCUAUCAGACAACAGCAAGCAAGUGCUGGAGCAAAUCCAUUCGCUAACUUAGGUAAUUUCUUCAGGCCAGAGAAUUUCGAUGCUCUCAGAUACAAUCCUAAGACAGCCGCAUUCUUCAAUGACCCAGGCUUCGUCAAAAUUAUUGAUGAUCUCAAGGCAAAUCCAAAGAACUUCCAGAAUUACGCAAGCGAUAAUCGUGUCCAAGUCUGCAUGGAAGCUCUCCUUGAACCACUCUUACAGAGCAUGCAAGCAAAUCAAAAAGGUUCAUCAGAGUCUCCAAAUGAAGAAGAUGACGAAGAAGAGCCAGUCAAACCAGCUCCACAGCCAAAGGAAGAGGAGAAACCAAAGCCAGAAGCAAAGCCAAAGAAUGAUGAAGCUGAAGCCGAGAAAGAAGAAGGCAACAAGCUCUUCAAGGAAGGAAACAUCGAAGGAGCUAUCGAACACUACGACAAAGCUAUCGAAAUCGAACCACAUAACGUUACAUUUUACAAUAACAAGGCUACAGCACUUACAAAGCUAAAGAAGUACCAGGAAGCUGUUGAUGUUGCUACAAAAGGUAUCGAACUCGGUCGCCAGCACGGUUGCGAUUAUGAAACUAUUGCAAAAGCAUAUACAAAGAUCGCUACAGCGGAAGCGGCCCGAGGAAACCUCGAAGCAGCCAUUGCAGCCCUUAAUUCAUCACUUCUCGAGAAGAAAGAUCCAACUGUGAAGCGCGAAUUAACUCGUCUCGAGCAAUUAAAGGCAAAACGCGAUGCCGCAGCUUACGAGAACCCAGAGAUCGCUGAACAAGAGAAGGAAGCAGGUAACAAAUGCUUCAGAGAAGGAAAUAUCCCAGAAGCAAUCCAGCAUUACAACGAAGCCAUCAAAAGAGCACCACGCGAUGCCAGAUUAUACUCAAAUAGAGCUGGUGCAUACUCCAAACUCGGUGAAAUGCCAAUGGCCAUCAAGGAUUGCGACAAAGCAAUUGAACUUGAUCCUAAAUUCGUCAAAGCUUACACAAGAAAAGGCUACUGCCACAUCCAGAUGAAGGAAUACCACAAGGCACUUGAUGACUACAACGAGGCUUUGAGAAUUGAUCCAAACAACGCUGAAGCAAUCGGUGGAAUUCAAUCUGUCAAUGCAGCAAUCGCUAAGAACUCAUAUACAGCACCUGAUGAGGAACAGAUUCGUCACGCAAUGGCUGAUCCUGAGAUCCAGAGAAUUAUGCAAGAUCCUACAAUUAGUAACGUACUUAGAACAAUGCAGGAGAAUCCAAUGGAAGCUCAGAAGUACUUAUCUGAUCCUACAAUCCGUGACGCCCUCAUGAAGCUUCGUGCUGCUGGUAUCCUUCGUUAA